CGAACACUCACUGUCACACAACAGCACAUGAUCUGCAACCCCAGCACAGCUUCUCAAGGAAAAAAGACAGCUGCACGAAAAUAAGAAGACCAAUACAUUACAGUUUCUACUAUCUGAAAGAAAAGGGAAACAUCGAUUAACGGUCAAGAUGAAGAGCGCUUUCAGGAUAUUACUGUUAACAUGUGCUCUGUGUUUCAUUGAAGCGACAUACCGUUGGCAUGACCCUCGUAUUCUAGCACGCAGGGAGGCUGGUGAAUGCAUGCCUGAUGGAAGUGAUGAAAGCAAAUAUGGAGGAAAAGUGUCAGUAACAGUCAAUGGACGAAUUUGUGUUCCCUGGGAUUCAAUCCCAAUCAGAAGACAUCUGGCCCUUUCCCUUAUGAACUGCCAUCAUAACUUCUGCAGGAAUCCAGGUGACAGCUUAAGGCCUUGGUGUAUGGUAAGAAGAGGAAAACGUCUGAUCAAAGAAAGCUGUGACAUUCCCACCAGUGAAACAAAGACGACCACAAGUCCACCAGCACCUGAACCACCUAAGCAAGACACAGAAUUUACAUGUGGGGAGCGAAAUUUACCCCGUAUGUCAAAGAUUAUUGGAGGAUCAAGGUCAUCUGUUGAAACUCAGCCUUGGAUGGCAGCUAUCUUCAUUGGAAAGGGGUUUGUUUGUGGAGGAACUCUCAUUGCUCCAUGCUGGGUCCUCACUGCAGCUCACUGUUUCCCUUCAGGUGGGAAAACAAAAAUAUGGAAAUACUCUGUCUCUUUGGGAAGGAAUUCCAUCAGUGAAACUGACUCAAAAGAGCAGAAAUUCAUGGUGAGCCGACUUGUGGUCCAUCGAGGCUUUGACUACACAACUGAAAACUUCACCCAUGACAUUGCUCUACUGAAGAUAGUUAACGGGGAUGGCAAAUGUGCCAUGAAGACAAACUCGGUGAGAACCGCCUGCCUUCCUCCAUUCCAGCAAAUGGUUCCCUCAGGAUUCUACUGCGAAAUUUCCGGAUAUGGAAGAUAUCAAAGGGGUGGCUCUGAAUAUUCACGACAUCUGAAAACGGCUCGGGUCGAACUUAUUUCACAGAGUGACUGCCAGCACAAGUAUUACAAUACGGACGAAGUCAACAGAUACAUGUUUUGCGCAGCUGACAGAAAUUGGGAAGAAGAUGCUUGCCAGGGUGAUUCUGGAGGGCCCUUAGUAUGCGAAAUAAAUAACACAAUGUUCCUAUUCGGUAUCAUUAGCUGGGGAAAACAGUGUGCGGAAAAGUCAAAUCCAGGGGUUUACACAAAAGUCACCAAUUAUAACCAAUGGAUAAGAAAGCAAACGGAUUUAGACGCAUAUACAAAAGGUUCCAGGUUUCCACAGAAGGAUUAACUUUGGAGGGGGACAAAAGGCUGUGCAGAAUAAAUGUGGGAGAUGUUCUGCCACUCAGGUGACAUAUGGCAGCUACAUGUGUUUUGCAAUCAUAUAAAAAUCUUUGACUGUGUUGUCAAUACAACAGAUGAAGUAGAUGUAAUAAUCAGAUGUAUUUAUCCACAGUUUGUAAAUCAUAUUUAUUUGCACAAAUGUGAUAUGUCUGUCUUUUAUAAAGGUCUGAUUUGUCCUUUCACAACAAUUUUAUUCAGACCUUAUGUUAAUGACAGGGAUGUAGAUGCUGAGAGGAUUUAAUGUGUUAAUUUAAUUUAAAAAUUAUUGCGAUCAUUGUAAAACUGUCUCAGGAAUUUUAUACAGAAGGUAUUGAAAUGUCCUUUUCUCAGUAUUUUAA